CUAAUGGUUGAUGUAGGAACCCGACAGCCUGGAGAGUCAUCUCUGGAGACCCAGUCAGCCCUAUUGCUGUUGAGGAAAGCUGCAGAGUUUCCACCCCAUAGCGCAAAGUCCAGUGCGCAGGCGUGUGGGCGGGGCGGGCACUUAAAGGGACCGAGGUGCGGUGCGUAGUCGGAGGAGCUGGGGUCUAAGCCCGGGGCUCUCUCCGGCAGGAAUGGGUACUAGGUACCCCGAGGAUCAGGCCUCGUUGGCGCGAGUUUGGAUUCACCUCUGUGGACGUGCUCCAGAAGAGUCGCAGGUUAAGCGCUUUUCUUCCGGUCUCUAGCCCGCCUCGCUAUGGCUCACGUUAGCUCUCGCAAGCGCUCGAGAAGUCGCAGUCGGUCCCGUGGUCGGCGAGGGUCAGAAAAGCGAAGUAAGAGGAGCAGUAAGGACUCCUCGAGGAACUGUUCAACCUCCAAAUCCCAAGGUCACAAGGCCAGCAGCACCUCCGGUGUCGAGGAGAGAAGCAAGCACAAGGCCCAGAGGACAUCGAGAUCCAGCUCUUCCUCCUCCUCCUCCUCCUCUUCCAGUUCUUCUAGCUCCACCUCAUCCUCAUCCUCCAGUGAUGGCCGGAAGAAGCGAGGGAAGCACAAAGAUAAGAAGAAGAGGAAGAAGAAGAAGAAACGGAAGAAGAAGAUGAAGAGGAAAGGCAAGGAGAAGGCAGUGGUGGUGCACCAGGCCGAGGCUCUGCCCGGCCCCUCUCUGGAUCAGUGGCACAGAUCAGCUGGGGAGGACAAUGAUGGCCCAGUCCUGACAGACGAGCAGAAGUCUCGUAUCCAGGCCAUGAAGCCCAUGACAAAGGAGGAGUGGGACGCUCGACAGAGCGUUAUUCGAAAGGUGGUGGACCCAGAGACCGGCCGUACAAGGCUCAUCAAGGGAGACGGUGAGGUUUUAGAGGAGAUCGUAACCAAAGAACGACACAGAGAGAUCAACAAGCAAGCCACCCGAGGGGACGGCCUGGCCUUCCAGAUGCGAGCAGGCCUGCUUCCCUGAGGGAGGGCACUGCCAUCCCAGCUCUGUGAACUGCUGUUGGUAGUUUGGAGACUGAUGUCCAGCGGCCUUUCCUACGGCCCAGCAUCCUCUUGGGUGCAGUGGGUGGCCUAGGCACCGAAGUGGACAGCAGAGGGUCACUAUUAAAUGAUCUUGUUCACAGA